ACGUGUACCUGAGGGAACCGUAUAAGAGGCUGGCUGCACUGACCUUCCUCACACCUACUUGCAGAAGCUCCAAGGUCCGUUGCUGCAUCAUGUUUGUGUUUAGAUUCUCCUGGGCUGUCCUGGCCCUGCUGCUGGUCUCUGUCUGGGCCGAGGAGCUCACCGAGGACGAGACUUCUGUCGAACUGUCAGAGGGCCUGCCUGUGUCUGUGCUGCUGGAGAGAGCCAAUAGAAAUAGGGUCCUUGACCUGGGUGGACCUAUCCUGGUUGAGGGUGACAUCGCUGUGGACUCCGAGGCUGAGAGGAACGCCGACCCUUGCACCUCCCGUGGCUGCAUGUGGGGAAAGUUUAGCGACGGAAAUGUCUACGUUCCCUACUACAUCUCCAACCAGUACUCCUCCAGGGAGAGGUCCAUCAUUGAGAGAGGUCUCGGGUCCUUCUCCUCCGUCUCCUGCAUACGCUUCAGACCUUACCGCAACGGUGACAGGGACUACCUCAGCAUUGAGCCGCGUAGCGGGUGCUCCUCCUAUGUUGGUCGUCGUGGUGGUGGCCAGACUGUGUCUCUGGAUCGCCAGGGCUGCCUGUACCAUGGCACGGUUCAGCACGAGCUUCUGCACGCCCUGGGCUUCAACCACGAGCAGACCCGCUCUGACAGGGACAAACACAUUAGGAUCUACUGGGAAAACAUCAUAGAUAGUUACAAGUUUGCCUAUGACAAGAUCGCCACUCUGAACCAGGGCACUCCCUAUGACUACAACUCAGUGAUGCAGUACCAUAGGUAUGCCUUCUCCAAAAACAACAAACCCACCAUGGUGCCCAUCCCCAACGGAAACCUGGCCUUUGGUGAAGCCACUGAGAUGAGCAGGAAUGACAUCAUCAGGCUCACCACACUGUACAAGUGCUAAACAUCUAAUCUGCCUUCAUCUGCUGACUGAGAAGUCCCCUUAUGUUGAAGUACCCACCACAUAUUCAAUUAGCCUGUUACCAUCUGGACUGUAUGAUCAACACAAUAAAAAUACGGAAAUCACC